CAACGCAACGCGAAGUGGUUACCGCCGUUAAACGCGGUUGCUCCAAUCCCCUGAAUUUAACACUUUCACUUCAAACCUCACAAUUUCACUUUCAUUCAAAUCUUCAAUUUUCUUCGAAUUUAAUUCCCAAAUCUCUCUCUCUCUCUCUCUCUCUCUCUCUGGAAAUUUGAAUCAAACAAAAAUAAAAUGGGAGGAUCACAGAGUCGCGAAGGCUUAGAUCUCUCAGACUACGAAGACGACGACGAAGAAGAAGAGCACAGCGAAGACCAAAACGACGACGCUCAAGACCACGACGACGAUCGACACCAAUCCAAGCCCCAGACCUCUUUCGGAUCCAAAACCCUAGACGAUCUGGACUCCAAGCUCAAAGCCCUCAAGCUCAAAUACCCUUCUUCUCAAAACCCUAAUUCCAAGUACUCCGUCAAGCUCUACCUCCAUGUCGGUGGCAACACUCCCAAAGCCAAAUGGGUCGUCUCCGAUAAACUCACUUCCUAUCAAUUUGUCAAGAAAAACGAUGAUUAUGAUGAUGAUGAAGAAGAAGAUGGGUCUGGCCGUGGAGGUGAGAAUUGUUGGGUUUUGAAAGUGGGUUUGAAGAUUCGAGCUAGGGUUUCGACCGAUAUGCAAUUGAAGAUGUUUGGUGAUCAGCGACGGGUCGAUUUCCUGUGGAAUGGAGUUUGGGCGUUGAAGUUUUUUGGGGAUGAAGAGUAUCGGAGUUUCGUGACUGAAUUUCAGGAUUGUUUGUUUGAGAAUGUGUAUGGAUUGAAGGCAAUUGAUGAGAACAAGGUUAAGAUUUAUGGUAAGGAAUUCAUGGGGUGGGUGAAGCCGGAAUCGGCGGACGAUUCGAUGUGGGAAGAUGCCGAUGAUGGAGUGUGGAAGAGCCCGGAAAAAACGUCGGUGAGGGCCAGUCAGGAUUUGCUUGAGGAAUUUGAGGAGGCAGCGACCGGAGGAGGGAUACAGAGCUUGGCUUUGGGAGCAUUGGAUAAUAGUUUCUUGGUGAAUGAUUCGGGUGUUCAGGUUGUGAAGAAUUUUAGCCAUGGAAUUCAUGGUAAAGGUGUGUAUGUGAAAUUCGACAAUGGGGGUCAGAUGGGUAGUUCUAGCGCAGCGAAAUCGACUCCAAAGAAGGCGCUUUUGAUGAGAGGUGAGACUAAUAUGCUCCUUAUGAGUCCAUUGAAGGAAGGGAAGCCCCACUCCACGGGGCUACACCAAUUGGAUAUUGAGACGGGGAAGAUUGUCACACAAUGGAAAUUCGAAAAGGAUGGAACUGAUAUUACUAUGAGAGAUAUUACAAAUGAUACAAAAGGGUCGCAAUUGGAUCCUUCAGAAUCAACUUUCUUGGGGUUGGAUGAUAAUAGGCUUUGUCAAUGGGAUAUGCGCGAUAGGAAAGGAAUGGUUCAGAAUAUUGCUUCUGCGAAUUCGCCAGUAUUGCAAUGGACACAAGGACAUCAAUUCUCAAGGGGGACGAAUUUUCAGUGCUUUGCGACAACUGGUGAUGGGUCCAUUGUUGUUGGGUCAAUUGAUGGGAAAAUUCGGUUGUAUUCGAAGACUUCAAUGAGGCAAGCAAAGACUGCUUUUCCAGGGCUUGGUUCGCCUAUCACCCAUGUUGAUGUUACAUAUGAUGGGAAAUGGGUAUUGGGCACGACAGACACUUAUUUGAUUCUUAUCUGCACACUAUUUACUGACAAAGAUGGGAGGACAAAGAAUGGUUUUGGUGGUCGAAUGGGCAAUAAAAUUCCAGCUCCGAGAUUAUUGAAGCUUACUCCCGUAGAUUCGCAUAUGUCUGGGACAGACAAUAAGUUCCAAGGAGGCCAAUUCUCAUGGGUCACUGAGAAUGGUAAACAAGAGCGACACCUGGUUGCAACAGUGGGAAAAUUCAGUGUGAUUUGGAAUUUUCAGCAGGUGAAGAACAGUGGUCAUGAGUGCUACCAGAAUCAGCAGGGCCUUAAGAGCUGCUAUUGUUACAAGAUUGUGUUGAAGGAUGAGUCCAUUGUUGAUAGUCGGUUCAUGCACGACAGAUUUGCUGUUAGCGACUCUCCAGAAGCCCCCCUCGUCGUAGCAACCCCCAUGAAAGUUACUUCUUUCAGCAUGUCUGGAAAGCGAUGACAUUGUGAAAGUUGCUUCUUUCUGUAUCUCUGGCUAGAGAUGAUUUUGUGAAAGCUUUGUCAUCUCUAGUGUGUUGGAUAGUUCUGUGCAUAUGAACUAGCUCUUUGGUAGUGUACCCCACUGAUUGUUUGAUUUGUUUCGUCUUUGAGUUGAUGUUGGUUUCUUGUCUUUCUGUGGUUGUAGUUACAUGUUUCUACAAUAAUGUUGAUAUUGAAGGCUCUUCUUCAAGAUUUGGAAGUUGUGGUGGUUGUUUAUGCCGUGUGAAUUUGAGAUUUGUUUGUUAUCUGUUAUAAGCUCAUGAAGUUGUGGUAGUUGUUUAUGUCGUGUGAAUUUGAGAUUUGUUUCCCA